ACGCCUUGUGACGUCACCCAGUGGGCGGAGAGUGCAGGUGGAGUGCCGUAGGGCGGUAACAGGUGAGAGGUGCCAGUGUUGGAGAGAAAGCCGGGCAGCGGUUCGUCAUACAGGCAGAGCAGUCGCAUCGUUUGGGAAGUGUGUCGAGUUGUGCAGCGAAGUAUCUGUGGCGAAGUAGCAAAGCGGGUGCUGAAGAUGGAUGCAUCUCCUUUUAGAAGGGGUCAGUGGGCCUCCCAUUCUGUCCGAGUCACCUCAAGGGAACUGUCUCUAGUGAAACCAAAGAAUGCAGCCAUUAUGGAGAUUUUCUCGAAGUAUCAGAAAGCUGCUGCCGAGUCAAGUUUUGAAAAGAAGAAAUCUAACGCAGAGAAUCUGCCCCCCAGUUUUAAUCGGAGCUCUCUCAGUGUAUUAAGGAAGAGGUGGGAGAUUCCUGGUCAAGCAGGCCGGACUGAAGCCACCAGCAGUUCCCAGCUGACCCAGAAGGUGAGCAGCCCUAAGGGAGAGAAUAUUUCUCCGGAGGAGCGUUCUGAAGUGGUCAGCACCAAGGCUCAGUCUCCUGCACUGUCCGGCAAUCGCUUCCGCUAUCCCAGUGCCAUAGAGCACGGCUCCGGCCACAGCGUGGGGGAAAACAUGGACCAAGACUUAGAGAUUACAAAGCAGGACACCCCUGAUCCUUCUCCCAAGGUUGAAAAGUUUAAUGUGCCAUUAAACAACUUGAAGAUGAUGUUUGAAAAAGGUGAAGUUGCCAACAAGUCUCAACCGGAACCUGGGAAAAUUAAUGUUGGAAGAAUUAUUGCAGACAAGUAUGUCUCCUCUGAAGACUCCGAUAGCUGCUUCACUGACAAGAGUCUUUCUAUAUCUUCUGGCUCUCCUGAUGGCUCUCCAAGCAAACACACUUCUCAUAGGAGUCUGGAAGAAUCUCCCAUUCUGCAGGCAACUCCGCUGAGAGAUAGGAUGGCCAAGUAUCAGGCAGCUCUUUCCAAACAGAAUGAGGUGAAAAACCAUUCUGAGCAGAAAGAAAAUGUCCCCCCAAGCCAACUGAACAAUGCCUCUUCUCUUGACGAUGAAAAGAGAACUGUGAAUGAGAACAGCCCCAUAAUUUCCAGGAACACCGCGGAAAACCAUGAAAAAUAUGAAGAGAUUCAGACAUCCAUCGGCUCUUCUGAAUACAGUCCCCAAAGAGUGCUAAAUCAGGUGGAGGCUUCACCUCCCAAAUCUGUAAAGAAGUUCCAGUUGCCGGCCAGAGAAAGCUGCUUUAGCUGCCAGAAAACUGUCUAUCCAGUGGAACGUCUCUUUGCCAAUAAUCAGGUGUACCACAACAGCUGCUUUCGUUGUUCUCAUUGUUCAACCAAGCUCAGUCUUGGAACUUUUGCAUCACUACAUGGUACUGUUUACUGCAAACCUCACUUUAACCAGCUGUUCAAAUCCAAAGGGAAUUAUGAUGAAGGUUUUGGGCACAAACCACACAAAGAACUUUGGGUUAACAAAAGCGAGACAGGUGAAACAGAAGAGAGCCCUGUGCAGACUUCUGCUAAGGAUCCCAACAGCCCUGUUGUGGAAGAAGCUCCCAUAGCAAAAGUCGGAGUCCUAGCUGCAUCCAUGGAAGCUAAAACCGUUGAUACUGUGCAAGAUAAGGAAAAGCAAGUGGAGACUAAAAGGCUGAAAAUUGCCUGGCCUCCCCAAGCUGAUUCUAGUGCUUCUGGUGGUUCUGUAGAGGAGAAUUUUAAAGUGCAUAGACCAAAGUGGCCACCAACUGAGGAAAUUCAAAAAGUAGAAACAGAAGAGGAAUUGGACCUUAAAAAGCUCAGGAGAAGUGGAUCACUUCGAGAGCGCAGCCGGCCUUUUAUAUUAUCUGUGGCUAAGCCUGUGGAUAGUGACAAAUCCCUGGAUGAUUUGCCGGCAUCACCUCCAAAGUUGAGAAAGUCAAAUUCCUUUAAGCUACGCAAUACCUGGAUAAAGAAGCCAGAAGAAAGACAAUCCGUGGAAGAAGACCACAAGCCCUCACAAAAUAAUAAAGAUGUUUCUGUAGCCGAUGAGGAAAAAAAUGAGAUUCCUGCUAACCCAGCUGAUAAAAUCUUGGAGAUUGAGGAUGUUUCUAAAGUGGAGGUUGUCGAACAGCAACAUUCCCCUGACGAGUCCAUUGAAACCAGCCAAUCAAGCGUGGAAGAUCCAGUAACCCCUAAUGAUUCCUCCCCCGAGGAGUACCGAAGGUCCCAAGAUGUUGGCUACUGGGAGGGAGAAGAAUCUGAAGAUCUUUCUGUGGAAGAUCAAAUCAAAAGGAAUCGGUACUAUGAUGAGGAAGAGGAUGAUGAUGUUAAUGAUGUUGAAGAGAAUGACUAAUAUGGCUUGUGCAGUGUAUGCGUUUGUACAGGGCUUUGCCUUAAUUUUAUCAUUUAGAAUACCAUUUAACUGUGGCCCUUGCCUUUCUUAUAAAAAUUACUCCUUUUUAAAGGACUGGUUGAGGUUAAAAAUAUGGAAUGUUGCUGAUACCAAAACUAGGGACGAGGAAUGGAAAGGAAAUCGAGGAAACUAGUAAAUACAACCUUUUUUUACCUUUCAACUAGCAAAGGCCACUUUCAUUUAUAUGAGUUUUUAAAAAAAAAAAAAAAAAAAAAGUAGUAAUGUCACACUUGUCUAUUUGCUUCUUGGUGGUAAAUACCAGUUUUCUACCAAAUCUAGACGUUCCUUCCAUGGAGUGGUAAUUCUACCUGCCACCCCACAUGUGCCCUUAUUUCCAGGUAACAAGAGAUCCUUGCCUGACUGCUGCCUGAUCUCUUUUUCACAUUGCAGAACCUUCGUGAGUCACAUGCGUAUGUUAAAAUGCUUUCUGUUGGCAUGUCUUGCCACAGACGUCUAACCAUAAAAAUAUGCAAUAUUGUAAAUGUCAAGGGAUUGUGAAUGUAACUGCCAAUAUGACUGAUUUGCCUCAAAUCUUAUCUGCUUUUGAGAAUCUGUAUUUGCUGGUUACUAAUUACUGGAUUCUCUCAGUACUGUAAUCAUUCUGAUCAUUUUUCAUUCUGUGGAAGUGCAUUCGUUAUGUAUGAGAAUAAUAUGCAAACUGGAAAAAAAAAUCUCUGGUACAAUAGAGCCUUCAGUUGUGGUUGAGUGACCCAGACACCAACCCUAAACGGGUCUUAAUGUGCAAUGAGCUGUUUUGUAAUAGACGUUGCGAACUGGAAUGUUAUCGGUCAAGCUGACGUCCUUGUGUUAUUUAAUAUGCAAUGCAUUGUUUUGCACUGGAGGGAUUUAUUAGCAAAAUUAGCUGAUUACUUCUUUUACAUUCCAAGUUUGCUGCUUAAGAAUCUCUUAUCCUGUUUCAUUCUGGAUAUUAUACAUUCCUAAACUUUUAACUGUACGCUUAGUGUGCGGUUAGGCGCCAGUCUUCAUUUUUGUUGGUCAGUGACAGCGACCUGCAUUGUGAACUCAUUUAUUUCACGUAUACCUUUUUUUUCAGUGAACUCUAACAGGAUUUCAAUAGGUGCAACACUAAUUUUAGAGGGUAAUUUUUUAAAAUUCUUUCAGACCUUUUACCCAAUUUUGAUUCUUCAUACUGACGGAUGACAGGACUGUUUUAUGUGUGAUGCAGCUAAAUUGCUGUAUGCAUGAUAUAAAAAGUGUUUUUAUAUAAAGGUGUAAUAUAUUUUGCUUUCCAACCAAUCUGACAAUAAAGAAUUUUAUUCGCUGA